AUGGGCUGGGGCAGGGGCCUGGGAGAGGACGAGGGGCCGGGGAAGAGCUCCAAGGGCCUGGGAGGCCUGCUGCUGCAGGUGGGAGGAUGGGGUCGCUUCCAGAUGGUCCACUUGGCCAUCGUGACUGUGCCUUUUGCCUUUGUGGCCACCCACAGCUUUCUCCAGAACUUUACGGCCUCCGUUCCUGAGCACCACUGCCGGAGCCCAGGUGGCCGGUGGCCGGUGGAUGCCCAGGGAGGCCGGGAGAGGUGCCUUCGCUUCCGGGGCAAUGCCACCAACGAGACGGAGACCUGUGUGGAGGGCUGGGUGUACAACCUCACCACGGUUCAGAGCACCAUUGUUACGGAGUGGAACCUCGUCUGCGGCCUGAAAAGCCUUCAUGGGGUGGCCCAGUCAGUUUACAUGGCAGGAGUGUUCCUGGGUGCCAUCGUCUUUGGGGGCCUGGCUGACAGGCUGGGCCGCCGGACCGUUUUCCUCUGGUGCCUCCUUCAGGUAGCAUCUCUGAGCACAGGGGCAUCCCUGGCCCCCUCCUUCCCCAUCUACUGUGUCUGCCGCUGCCUGUGUGGUUCUGGCGUGUCCGGGGUGGUGCUCAAUGGCUUAGGACUUGUUCUCGAGUGGACACCACCCUCUCGCCGGGCAGCAGUGGCUGGCUUCCUUUCCGUCAUUCUCAGCCUGGGGCAGCUAAAUCUGGCCUUUUUGGCUUUUGGCCUCCGGCGCUGGAGGCACCUGCAGCUGGUUGCUGGAGCACCUUUUGCCCUCUGCUUCCUCUGUAGCUGGUGGCUUCCGGAAUCUGUUCGGUGGCUGAUGGUGAGGCGGCACCUUCCAGGGGCCCUGCGGUCCUUGAGACUGGUGGCACGGAUCAACAGGACCCCGGCGGCCGGGAUCCAGCUCUCCGUGGAGAUGCUGGAAUCAGACUAUUCCCAAGAAGAGGCAGGAAGAACUCCAGGGUCCUCUGCCCUGGACCUGUUUCGAUCUCGGGAGAUGCUGGUCCUAUUGGCUUGCAUCAUGGGCAUUUGGUUCUCUGCCAGCCUUUCCCUGUAUUCCCUGGCCUUGGAUCUUCAGCGUUUCCCUGGGGAAAACCCCUACCUAGUCCAGAUUAUCCUGGGGGUCGUAGACAUCCCCUUUCGCCUGCUGGUGCCCAAGCUAGCCAAUUGCCUGGGACGCAAGCUUACCCUGGUCUCCUGCCUGAUGCUCGGAGGGGGACUUGUGCUGGGGACCACCCCAGUGCCACAGGAGCUAGGCCGCCUUCGGAUGGGACUGUCAGUGCUGGCCAAGGGGCUGAUGUCGGCCUCCCUCAGCUGUACUGUGCUCCUCACCUCAGAGCUCUUCCCGACCUCCGUCCGGCUGACCGGGAUGGGGAUCACCAACAUGGUGGGCCACCUGGGAGGUGCCGUCGCCCCGCUGGUCCUGCUGGCAGGCACCACGAACGCCCGGCUGCCGCCCUUGCUUUUUGGUUCCAUUGUUCUGGCAGGCGGCUUCCUCGUUGUCUUCCUGCCUGAGACAAAGGGUCUCCCCUUGCCGGACACCUUGGAGCAAGCCCAGAGCCAGGUCCGGAGAUGCUGGAGCAGACUGCAGAGGAAGCCGUGGCAAGGGGCCCAGGCCCUCCAGACCAAGCUCUGACUUCCUUGGGAAGAGACUCCCCAGCCUGGCGCAAGGCCUCCACCGUGGCAGCCCGAGAACCCCCCCCUCUGGCCUGGGAAGCCGUGGCUUUGCUCCCUGCUGCCUCGAGGCCUUGGCCAGGCUCCUUCUGGGAACCCUUCCUUCUUCCCGCCGAGGCUUCCAGGGCACCAGGGCAACCUCUUAUUACACAUCUAUUCCCUGA